AUGUCGCACCGUAAAUUUUCGGCGCCAAGGCACGGUUCUAUGGGGUUUGCCCCAAAAAAGCGCUCUAGGACAUAUCGAGGUAGAAUAAAAGCUUUUCCAAAGGACGACCCAUCGAAGCCAAUUCACCUUACCGCGUUCCUUGGUUAUAAGGCCGGCAUGACCCACAUCGUCCGUGAUGUCGAUAAGCCAGGAUCUAAGGUUAACAAAAAAGAGGUCGUCGAAGCCGUAACGAUUAUUGAGACACCACCAAUGGUAAUUGUUGGAAUUGUUGGCUACAUCGACACCCCACGUGGUCCUCGACCGUUCAAAUCUGUCUUUGCUGAGCACCUCAGCGAGGACUGCCGUCGUCGCUUCUACAAGAACUGGUGCAAGUCUAAGAAGAAGGCCUUCACUAAGUACGCCAAGAAAUGGCAAGACGAGGAUGGCAGAAAGGUUAUCGAGUCUGACCUGAACAAAAUGAAGAAGUAUUGCUCCGCUAUACGCGUUGUCGCUCACACUCAGAUGAAGAUCCUAAAUCGCAAGCAGAAGAAGGCUCAUCUUGUUGAAAUUCAAAUUAAUGGCGGGACAAUUGAGGAGAAAGUUAAUUGGGCUAGAGAACAUCUCGAAAAGCAAGUUCCAAUCGACACCGUCUUCUCCCAAGACGAGAUGAUCGAUACCAUUGGCGUAACCAAGGGCCACGGAUUCAAAGGUGUCACAAGCAGAUGGGGCACUAAGAAGCUUCCGCGAAAGACUCAUAAGGGUCUCCGUAAGGUUGCUUGUAUUGGAGCAUGGCAUCCUUCGCGAGUGGCCUUCACCGUUGCUCGUGCUGGUCAGAAAGGUUACCAUCACCGUACGCACAUCAACAACAAGGUAUACAGAAUUGGUCGCUCUUGUAUUACACCUGAAGGCAAGAACAAUGGAGCCACUGAAUUCGAUCUUACCGAGAAGAGCGUCAACCCCAUGGGAGGUUUCCCUCGCUACGGUGUUGUUAACCAAGACUACAUCAUGCUGCGCGGAGCUGUAAUGGGACCAAAGAAGCGCCUCAUCACUUUGAGAAAAUCGCUUGUCACACAGACUAAGAGAUUUGCCCACGAGAAGAUCAACUUGAAAUGGAUCGACACCAGUUCGAAGACCGGACACGGACGAUUCCAAACAACCGCUGAGAAAAAGGCAUUUAUGGGCAAGCUCAAGAAAGACUUCCUUGCCGAAAGCAAAGCCUAA